CGACUUCCUCGUUUAGAAAUUGGUGAAAGGAAAAAAAAGCAAUGAAUAAGUGUGCAACUGUAGGGUUUGUAGUGAAUUAUAUGAAAUACUGAUAGUCAUUGAUAAAUAAAAUAAAUAAAAAAAUAAAACAUUGUCAUAUAGAGUUUAAAACAGACUUUCGCUUCCGGUCGACUGAGAAAAUCAUCAGUAUUUCCUUGUACAAGAGGAAAGCUGAUGUUUUGAAAUGUCUAAACCCAAAUUAGUGGUGUUUGAUCUCGAUUACACACUGUGGCCUUUCUGGGUGGACACCCACGUCAAUCCUCCUUUCCGCAAAGAUCAGAGUGGGAGGGUGGUGGACUCGAGCAAUCAUCAUGUCUGGCUUUAUGAAGACACCAUAGAUGUCCUGCACUUUGUACAUGCUCAGGGCAUACAGAUCGGUGUGGCCUCACGUACAGGGGAAGUGGAUGGAGCCAAUGAGCUACUCUCACUCUACAACCUCGAGCAAUACAUUUCUUUUAAAGAGAUUUACCCGGGGUCAAAGGUCAUGCACUUUAACAGGUUGCAGGCAAACAGUGGCGUGUGCUACACAGACAUGAUGUUCUUUGAUGAUGAACACAGAAACAUCAGUGAAGUCAGCAGGCUGGGUGUAUAUUGUGUCCUGGUUCCUAACGGUGUUACCUCUAAACUUGUUCACGAUGAACUUCAGAAGUUCAUGAAGAAGAGCUGAGUGUGGAAAUCUCCACUGCAGUGUACAGUGUGUCCUGUAGGGGGCAGCAAAGAUGGCUCAUCACUGCGUAUUGUCACACUUUAAGAGUAUAAUUAUUGACAUUACUCCAAAUACUUUAUUAAUGCUAAUUAAUUAUUUAAUUAAAGCAUCAUGUGUAAAUGUUCAAAUAAACAUGUUUAUAUUUACAUAUAAACCCAUUAGAUAGUGAAACGUAUUAGAGAAAGCAUUUACAGAGUUAACUGUUUACUGAAUUUUAAAUGUCUGUUACAGCUAAUUGAAAUAAUUUUAAAUUUAUUUUACAGUGUUAAAAUAAACAAAUUUGUCCAAUC